UCUUCAACGACAAUAACGACGAUUUGGGUGUGACAAGCUACACAUACAGAGGUAACAGACCCACGGUACAGACUGUCACCACCACCCCCGGGAACAAGAACAUGAGAAUAAAGCUUGAAGUGAAUGUAUCGUGCUUUUUUAUGGAGCACAACAACAUUACUUCUGAACGAAAUUCACCAAUGUCAUUGCCGCCAAGGGAUACAACCUUAAAAACACAAAAAGGGCGCGAGUCUACAGCAAUAUGUGCAACAUGUACAACAACAUCAUCAACUACGAUUGGAUCAACAACUGGACCAACAACUACAACAUCCAGCACAUCAUCAACAUCCAGUUUAUCAUCAGCCUCAGACAUAUUAUCAUUAUUUAGCAAUACAAUUUCAACAACACCUGCUAAACCAACGACAAAUAUAGUACAAACAAUAGCAUCUUGCUUAACAGUCACGACACCAGCACUGAGAACAACGGCAGCAAACAUAUCUUUAACAUCGAGAAAAUCAUCUUCAACAGCACCAUCAAAAACAACAACCACAGUCCAACCCACAGCAUAUAUCUUUACGGGUAAAACAUACCCACCAACGACAACGUCAUCGUACACACCAUCAACCACGGGAACAAGACAAAUGUCUUCAACAACAGCAUUAUCUCAUACUACAGAACCACAUUCCGGUUUAACUAAAGAGCAUAAAACUGGAGGAGGAAGGCUUACUAUAUUAGUCUUAGGUCCGGUUUCACACAACCAGCUUAAGAAUCUGAGUCAAGAAAUCACAAAACUUUUCCAACACCAGAGGCCAAAAGAUGUGAAUUUUCAUUUUCAGAUAGCAUUUUAUCACAAUACUACUGACCAGUCCUCAACAAAGAUUCAGAUUGUAUACAACUGCACACAGUGCAACCAUACUGAUGACUGGAUCAAGGACAAAGUCAGAUUAGCUCUUCAGAUAUUGAACCUUACACUUUAUCAGGAAAAAACAAUUGGCAAAAACACAGUUGCUAAUUUCAAGAACAAUACCGGUCUUGUGGUGGGGGUGGUGGUGUCCAUUCUACUGGCCAUAGUCAUCGUCAUCGGUGCUGUGUGCUGGUACAAAAGAAAGCAGCACCAAAAAUCAAGAAUAAAGGGAGUGGAAGUUGACCCGCCUUCUCUCAAUAACCCGGUAAUGAUCAACGAAAAACCCGCUAACGUAGAAGAAGCAUGAGGGACCGAGAAUGGAGUAGUCAUUGUGAUAUUUGACAGUACAAGCAAGUGCUCUUAAAACUACGAAAAACGUUUUUUUCAAGAUUUUGCGAAUGAGAUUUGAAGAAAAACAAACAUAUGAUUAUUUGUCAUAUUACCAUUUAAAAUGUAUGUUACAAUGAAUUUUCCUUAUGUUUUCUACUUAUUUUCUUUAUUUAUUUGUAUAAUGUUUUAAUUGAAUUGCUAACUCUUGGAUCGUUAGUAAAUGUUAACUGGACAUGAAAUUAAAUAAUAAAAUACUUGUAAGGAAUCAUUGGUUUAAAGUUAUUUCGUUAGUUUACUUGGACAUCAAUUUAUUAUCGAAUUUUGUGUAAUUUACAGUUUUGAGGUAUGGUAGCAAGUCAAUAAACAAUGACAUUUACAACCAAAACAUUUGACACAUUUCUUACUUGUUACUUGAAAUUUAUUAUUAAAUGUAUGUUUAUGUCUUCAAUUUAAAAAGUAAUUAUGAAUGUUUUU